GGAAAACGAGGCACCGAGAAGUUAAGGAACUUGCUCAAGGUCACAGAAUUUGAACUCAGGCCACAGAUGCUGGAGCAACUGGAGAAAGUCCUCAUCGCCCCAUAUCACCCACCACCGACCCCCAGCGGAACGUGACCCCCGCCAGGACGGAGGCCGGCAACUGGGGGGCUGGAGCAUGGGACCCCAGACCACGGACUCAGGCCUGCGCAGCUUCCCGGCUUCUGGGCUCCCCGCCAACCUCCUUCGCGGGCCGCUGAGAAGCCAGGGGAGGGGUUCACUCUCAGGGGCGCACAAAGUCAUGAAAACCUUACUUCAGCCUCUGAAGAUGCGGAACUGACCGACCUAUCGUCUUGGGACCCAACAGUGCGCUUGGGUGCACCAGCCUCCUUAACGUUGGUGCCAGCUCCCUCCCGCCUCCUUCCCAUCCCAGAGGGCCCCCUCGCCCUGGGCCGCACGUGCCUCUGGCAGCUCGAAGAAGCUGUCGGGGCUUGCAGGAGAGCGCGCAAACUGAAACCAAAACAGGCCGACGCGAGGAACGUCCGGGUGGGACUGCAGACCCGCGGGAGCACAGCGCCUGGGCCAGGGCCUGGGAGCCUGGGCUCCGCCCCGCGCUCCCCUGCACCCUUUCCCCACGCUGCUCCCCUCUUCCUAAGCGUCUCCCCCUCUCCCGGGGAGGAGAAGAAGGGGUGGGACCGGGCGGGCUCCGGGAAGGGGCCCUGGAGGAAUGGAUGGUGGCCGAAGGGCGGAGCAGGGGCGGGGCUCGCGGAGACUCCAAGGGGCGCCCCGGGCGUGAGGCACCCACUCUGGGAGCACAGAGAACUCAGGUAGUCGGGCUAGAUGGCGGCGCGCAGCCUGGGCCGCGGCGUCGGGAGGCUGCUGGGCAGCCUGCGAGGGCUCUCGGGGCAGCCCGCGCGGCCGCUGUGUCGGGUGAGCGCGCCGCGCAGGGCGGCCUCGGGACCCUCGGGCAGCGCCCCCGCAGUUGCUGCAGCCUCACAGCCCGGCUCGUACCCCGCGCUGAGUGCACAGGCAGCCCGGGAGCCGGCCGCCUUCUGGGGGCCUCUGGCGCGGGACACUCUAGUGUGGGACACCCCCUACCACACCAUCUGGGACUGCGACUUCAGCACUGGCAAGAUCGGCUGGUUCCUGGGAGGCCAGUUAAACGUCUCUGUCAACUGCUUGGACCAGCAUGUUCGGAAGUCCCCCGAGAGCGUUGCGUUGAUCUGGGAGCGCGAUGAGCCUGGAACGGAAGUGAGGAUCACCUACAGGGAACUGCUGGAGACCACGUGCCGCCUGGCCAACACGCUGAAGAGGCAUGGAGUCUGCCGUGGGGACUGCGUUGCCAUCUACAUGCCCGUGUCCCCUCUGGCUGUGGCAGCAAUGCUGGCCUGUGCCAGGAUCGGAGCUAUCCACACAGUCAUCUUUGCUGGCUUCAGUGCGGUGUCCUUGGCUGGGAGGAUCAAUGAUGCCAAGUGCAAGGUGGUUAUCACCUUCAACCAAGGACUCCGGGGUGGGCGCGUGAUGGAGCUGAAGAAAAUAGUGGACGAGGCUGUGAAGCACUGCCCCACCGUGCAGCGUGUCCUGGUGGCUCACAGGACAGACAACAAGGUCCACAUGGGGGAUCUGGACGUCCCGCUGGAGCAGGAAAUGGCCAAGGAGGACCCUGUAUGCGCCCCAGAGAGCAUGGGCAGCGAGGACAUGCUCUUCAUGCUGUACACCUCAGGGAGCACUGGAAUGCCCAAGGGCAUCGUCCAUACCCAGGCAGGCUACCUGCUCUAUGCCGCCCUGACCCACAAGCUUGUGUUCGACCACCGGCCAGGUGACAUCUUCGGCUGUGUGGCUGACAUUGGCUGGAUUACAGGACACAGCUACGUGGUGUAUGGGCCUCUCUGCAAUGGUGCCACCAGUGUCCUUUUUGAGAGCACCCCAGUUUACCCCAAUGCUGGUCGCUACUGGGAGACAGUAGAGAGGUUGAAGAUCAAUCAGUUCUAUGGCGCUCCAACGGCUGUCCGGCUGUUGCUGAAACACGGUGAUGCUUGGGUGAAGAAGUACGAUCGCUCCUCCCUGCGGACCCUGGGGUCAGUGGGAGAGCCCAUCAACUGUGAGGCCUGGGAGUGGCUUCACAGGGUGGUGGGGGACAGCAGGUGCACGCUGGUGGACACCUGGUGGCAGACAGAAACGGGUGGCAUCUGCAUCGCACCACGGCCCUCGGAAGAAGGGGCGGAAAUCCUCCCUGGCAUGGCAAUGAGGCCCUUCUUUGGCAUCAUCCCCGUCCUCAUGGAUGAGAAGGGCAGUGUCGUGGAGGGCAGCAACGUCUCCGGGGCCCUGUGCAUCUCUCAGGCCUGGCCGGGCAUGGCCAGGACCAUCUAUGGCGACCACCAGCGAUUUGUGGACGCCUACUUCAAGGCCUACCCAGGUUAUUACUUCACUGGAGACGGGGCUUACCGAACUGAGGGCGGCUAUUACCAGAUCACAGGGCGGAUGGAUGAUGUCAUCAACAUCAGUGGCCACCGGCUGGGGACUGCAGAGAUUGAGGACGCCAUCGCUGACCACCCUGCAGUGCCGGAAAGUGCUGUCAUUGGCUACCCCCACGACAUCAAAGGAGAAGCUGCCUUUGCCUUCAUUGUGGUGAAAGAUAGUGCAGGUGACUCAGAUGUGGUGGUGCAGGAGCUCAAGUCCAUGGUGGCCACCAAGAUUGCCAAAUAUGCUGUGCCUGAUGAGAUCCUGGUGGUGAAACGUCUUCCAAAAACCAGGUCUGGGAAGGUCAUGCGGCGGCUCCUGAGGAAGAUCAUCACUAGUGAGACCCAGGAGCUGGGGGACACUACCACCCUGGAGGACCCCAGCAUCAUCACGGAGAUCCUGAGUGCCUACCAGAAGUGCAAGGACAAGCAGGCUGCCGCUAAGUGAGCUGGCGCUUUGAGGGGCUCUUAGGAGGGGCGGGCACCCAGGCCCUGGCUUGUCCUUCCCAGAGGGUACCCCUGAGGUUGGCAUCUUCCUAAGUCCCAGAAGCAGCCCCCACCCCACACAUGACCCACACCGCCCUCACGUGAAGCUGGGCUGAGAGCCCUUUCUCCCAUCCAUUGGAGGUCCCAGGAGUAUCACCCAUGGAGAGGCUAUGCAACAUGCUAGGGCUGGUUCUGUCAUCCUGAGUUUGGUCUCCUGGAAUGAAAAGGCAUUGCCGCCGGGCGCGGUGGCUCAAGCCUGUAAUCCCAGCACGCUGGGAGGCCGAGACAGGCGGAUCACGAAGUCAGGAGAUCGAGACCAUCCUGGCUAACCCGGUGAAACCCCGUCUCUACUAAAAAA